AUGCCUCCCGGUCGCGCGAAAUCAUGGAGCUGUUCUCGCAAGCGUGCUUCCGUGUUCGCCGUGCUCCCAGCAACGCAGGUGGCGCUCGUGGUGGCCGCGCUGUUGAGUCAUUCCGGAGCGUGGAUUGCGGUCGCGAGGGGUCAGACCAUCGCUCCAUCUCAAGGCACGUUCGCUUCGUCGCUCUCCGUGCUCCGCCGCGCCGCAUGGGGAGUCACAUUCAACCAAUGGCAGGAGGGGGGCGACUGUAGCCAGGCGGAUGGCCUCACAUGUGACAGUAACGGAAUGAUCAUGAGCAUGGCGCUGGAUGAGAUGGGGCUGUCAGGCUCGCUACCAACAUCCCUCGGAUCAUUUAUCAAUCUCUCCUACCUUGUUCUCGGCUUCAACCAACUCACCGGGUCGCUACUGCAAGGCCUCUCCACACUUUCUCGUCUCUCCCGGCUUGCACUCGGCAGUAACCGCUUCGCCGGUUCUCUCCCCGAUUGGAUUGGCGGCCUGUCCCUCAUGGAAACACUGGACGUCAGCAGGAAUAACUUAUCCGGCCUCAUCCCUUCCUCGAUCGGCACUCUCCUCAACCUCACCUUCCUAAAAAAGACCUCUAUCCCAUCCGUAGCCUUCUCCGCCCCAUUCUUGCUCCUUCUCUCCAUCUUGCCCCACUCUAUCACGCCCAUCACUGCUCUCCCAUCUAUCCCGCCCAUCACUGCUCUCCCAUCUAUCCCGCCCAUCACUGCUCUCCCAUCUAUCCCGCCCAUCACUGCUCUCCCAUCUGUCACGCCCAUGCAUGCAGGAGCCUCGAAGACCCCACUCUCCCACCCUUUGUCACUCCCUCAUCCCACGUGCAGUAACGUAGACAACACGUCGCUCGUCUGCCCCACUACCCCAGCCUCCUGUGAGGUGCCUCAGGACCCCCUAUCCGUCUUCUGUGUCGACUGCGCCACCUUCUGCUCCCAGUGCUCUGCUGCGGGUAAGCCUCUCUGCUUCCUGCCGCAGCUCAUGUCUCACUUACCUGUUUUGAAAAGUUUCAAGGACGCCAUUCAACCUUCCUCCUUCGGCUCGUGA